AUGGCCUCAAUUCCGCCACCCGAUGAACAUCAUGAUGAUUCUGGCUCUACUCAACUGUCUAGUCCUACGUCCAAUUCAUCAGGUUCCCAAUCUCUAGGGCCUCAGAGCAACUUGGACGAAAUUAUUGCACCGCCUCCUAUCUCCGAAUCCUCAGAAAAACCAGAAAGACAGCGCGAGUCUCUCGAAAAUCGUCGUUCGAAAGAUGAACGUGAAUUUCUUCCGCUGCCCCAGGAAACAGAACCCGCACAGGUGUACACACAAAAUGGCAGAUUACCAGUUGCACCACAGCCAUCUAAGAAGCGAGUGUUCCGGGAAUUUUUACGAAUGGCCUGCAUUGUCGGCUACCUCAUAUUUUUCUCAAUUGCUGGCACUAUCCUACGACUAGCUAUUGAAUGUCUGACAUUCUACCCUGGCACCCCCCGUCAACACUAG